CGGCAUUCCGCACCCUGGGUCGAUGCCGUGCGCCCAGGAAAGAUCCGAAAUAGCCCGCUCGACGAUCGUCAUACACUAUUUACAUGACAUGGGCAGUGUAGAUCGAUACGUACCAUCGACUAGACGCGAGGAGACGGGAACGGACGGGGCCAGUCAUCGCCAAUACCGUGAUGGAUUGCUGCAUCGCCAAGCGGAUGAUGUGACGCCAAGAUCGCGUCCGGAUGGGUGCGGGUGAACGGCGGCGAAGGUCCGGACGGAGGCUAUUUCAACGCAACGACGCGUGACGUGGAGCGCGGAUGCGUCGUGCUGCACACAGUGGCACAUCCAAGCAGAUUGUCAAACGAUGCCCGUGAUGCCACGUGGACGCAGCCGGAUUGGGUCCAAUUAGCCUGGAGGUUUCACAGUUUGAAACGGCACCAUGACCAUGGCCACGCCGCUCCGCGUACUCGACCUCGAAGCGCUUCGCGUUCUCGUGACCGAAGACAAUUCGAGCAAGUUUGCGGUCGAUGCGCACCACCGCGGUAUCGAGAAGAUCGCCGACCUCUCGGGCAUGCCCAAGCUCUACUCGCUCGACGUCUCGUUCAAUCGCCUAACGCAGCUCGAGCACCUUCACACGGUGAAGGACCUUCGCGAGCUCAAAGCGUACAACAACCAGCUUACGUCCGCGUCGGGCCUCAAAGGAAACCAAAAUCUCGAGGCCGUCCUUCUCAGCGACAACGUUAUCGAGGCAUUGCCGGAGGACUUGACAGCGCUCUUCAAGCUCAAAACACUACAGCUCCAUGGCAAUCGCAUCAGCCGCAUCGAGCACCUCAAAAAUGCUCGCCACUUGACGUACUUGGACUUGAGUCGCAACCGCAUUGCGGGUGCGCUUGCGACGGGACUCCAAACGCUCAGUGCGCUCGAGUACUUAAACGUCAGCGACAACUUACUCACGAGCAUUGGCAAUCUUGAGAGCUUGAAGAAGCUAGAUGAGGUCAACGUGAGCGGCAACAAGCUCACGUCCCUGAGUGGCGUGUACCCGCCAAGCUUGUCGGUGCUUCGGGCCGACCGCAACCAGAUCGCAGAUAUCACGUCCCUGCCGCUGCUUCCAGCGCUCACAGAGCUGUAUGUCGAAAGCAACCAGCUCCAGGAUGUGAGCAUCCUCGUUGAGCGUGCGCCACAGAUGGAGACGCUGGACUUGCGCAACAACCGAUUGCGCUCGAUUAUGGACCUACGUUGCUUCCAAGCCUACGCGGCGCUCGAAGACCUUUGGCUCCGCGGCAACCCGUGCACGCUCUCGUCCACAUAUCUGGUCGACGCACUGGACUUUUUGCCGACAUUGCAGUUUCUCGAUGAUCUCAAGCCACAGCAAAUCCGGGAGAGUCCAAACCCAACCAAACUUCUCGAGGUGUUGGCGGCGCGGCCAGCAACGCCCGGUCGUCCAAUCACGCCUGGGCUCAGUCGCCCAUCCAGCGCGUCAUCAAGCCGACCCACCACUGCCGAAGGCCGCCCGUUGAUUGCUCGGCCUUCGUCGCGUGCAGGACUGCAGACCAAGAUGCUUACGCCGGCGGAGGUAGAAAAGGCUCAAAGCGACGUGCGCGACCGGCUUGAGAAGCUGCGGGCGAUGAUGGACAAGCUCUGCGGCGGCGACACGCGUCCUCGUAGCGCCGAAGUCGCGCCACACGAAACGCGCUCCACUGUGUUUGUGACGGCGACGUCCAGCGUCGACAUUUACACGGUCGUGUCUGGUAUUUCCGUCGAGGACACAAAUAAUGCACCAGUGAAAGAAGGGCCGGAACCUCUCGCCUCCGCAUCCUCGAUGAUGACGCCGCCAAAAGCCACCCAAGCACCCAAUGCAAAGGUGGCCUCGUCUCUUACGCCAUGCCCACGUACGACGACGCCGCGGACGGCUGUGAAGAAGCAUGACAGGGGCACGGACCCGCUCGAGGACAAUGCGAUUCCGAUUCGACCCGCGACGGCUGCCGACACGCCACGCUGCGAGACGGGGAACCAGUCGACGCUCGACGACGCCGACGCACGGCCCGCCACUGUCGAGGAAGCCAUGAAGCGCGAACUCCUCUCUGGUCUUGUGCACACAGACGAAAUCGUCCUGGAAGACAAUACUACGCCCACGUUUGACGACGACGACAAGGCGGUGUACGUCGACUCGGCGCGGCAGGCGGAGAAGCGGGCACAUCCUACAGCUGCCGAGCGCGGCGGCUUCCGCCUCUUUCGGAUACCCGCGAGUGCGAAGCGCUUCAUGCAGAGCACGACCGCGACAUAAGAACGUAUUGUAUAUAAAGCAUAGGAUUCGUGUGUGUA